UGGUGGUGGGAGCAGCAAGAAGGAGAGCGAAUUCACUUAUUGAAUCUACUACGAGUAAGACUCCGUUUCAAAAAAGAAAAACCAUGGUGGUGGCCUUCGUGGUUAUUCACUGAAGACGGAUUUACCAACGAAGCAAAAACAAAACGGCACCAUUCACACACCAUUAGUAACGUAAAAGAGCUUAAAGAGACCGUAAUAACCAGCAAAACAGGUUGUUUACCCGGUAUCAGUUUCAACCAUACCUUCUUCGGAAACAAGUUGUGUAGCAACGAAGCAAGAACAAAACGGCACCACACCAUUGGUAACGUAAAAGAGCUUAAAAAGGCCGGGAUACGGCUAAAAGCCAGCGAAACAAGUUGUUUAACCGACAUCAGUUUCAACAGUAUCUUCGUCUUCGGAAAAUUACGGUUACCGCCGAUCAACGUUAAUGAUUCAACCAUGAACUUAAUAGCUUACGAAAUGUGUCCGGAUUUCGACAACGAUUUCACCGUCACUUCUUAUAUGUGUUUCCUUGAUUUAUUGAUCGAUGAAGCCGAAGAUGUUAAAGACCUGAGAGACGCCGGUAUACUAUACAAUAGAUUGGGGAGUGAUGAAGAAGUGGCUAAGCUUUUCAAUAAGAUGAACACUGAUUUGGUUCCUAGUCCGAAGAAUUACAGUGGGGUUAAACGGAAAAUACAUAAUCAUUGUAAGAAUAUGUGGAUUAAUCAUGCAGUUCAAGGUUAUCAUACUUAUUUUACGAGUCCUUGGACGUUUUUGGCAUUUGUGGGUGCCAUUGCUGCACUUUCUCUUAGUACUUUGCAGACUUAUUUUGCCAUGCAUCAACUAAAGUAGGGUUCCUUUACUAGUCUUUUUGUAAACUAUUGUUAUUUAUGAUAAUGUUGUAACUCCUGGAUUUUCGAUUAAUUUUUGGUGUUUAUUGAGAAUAUUUUUUUUGAAAAUAAUAUUGAAGAGACUUAAUCAAAAUUUUUGAGAAAA